CUUAGAAUGAUUUUGGGGAAUGGAGAGGGUAAAGGACAUGGAAAAAAAGACCUAACAAACAACAACAAAGGGAAUGAUUCCUCUUGAUUCCCAUUCCCUUUGAUGAAUACCCCUAACCAAACAGCCCCUGAACUGCUAGUACACGUGAAUGUUUCAUUAAUUAUUAAUCAAUUUUUUUUAGAGGGAGUGAACAGGCCUAACUGGUGAAAAAACUUAAUAAAAAAAAAAAAAAAAAUAUUGAUUACGUGUACUAGCAGUUUCGCACCCUCCCUCCCUCUCUCCUGAAGCUACUCUGAAUUCUCCAUUGAAGCGGCUUCCGAGCAUUUUCUCCUCCAUUGAAGCAACUUCUGAGUGACACAGUUGAAGACUCUUUUUAAGUUGAUGGGGUCUCCCAAGGCUACCCAGGUUGGCGAUAGUGAUUAUGCUGGCAUCGAUCCUGCUGUGCAAUGGACUGUCAAGACACAUCAGCAUGAUAGCAAUUAUGAGAAUGAGAGAAGGGCUUAUGUCUUGACAGAGUUGCAACUUUUAAAAGAAAAAAUUGAGGAGACUGGUAUUGGUAGUAAGGUGCAAAAAUUGGUUUCCUUGCUGAAGAAAUCUAAGGCUCGGGAGAGGCAAGAAAAUGAGUUUCAGUCUGACUGCAAUUCUGAGAUCACUAAAUUGCAGGAAGAUUUGAGGAUUGGCAAUGGUGAUAAUGAUCCACAUGAUUUUCUUGACUGUUCUAUUUUUGACUUAUCCAAGAAGUUAAAAUUUGCAAAAAAGGAACUUUCUAUUAAGUUGAGGGAAUUGGUCUCUUUGAAGAGGCAGCUUGAUGAACUUCCAAUUGAAGCUGAACUUGUUCAGUACGGACGCCGCUUUUCAGAAUUGAAUGUUCAUAUGCAGGAUAGACUUUGUCAAACUCGUAAAUAUUAUGAAACCUAUAAUGCUCUUCUUGAGAUAAAGGACUUGAUGCUGAAGGAGACAUCUUUACUGAAUUCAGUAGAUUCACAAUUUGCAGAUGCGAUAGGGGACCCUGCUGGCCGUACAAAACUCAUUGAUUCAAUGGAAGCUAUUAUGAAGGGAAUUCAGCAGAAGCUUGAGAAGGUGCAAUUUGGACUACAAGUGGAGCAAAAAACUCUUGAUACCCUCAGGGAGCAAUACAGUGCAGCCAUUAUGGAUCAACGCCAUUGUUCUGUUCUCUUAAAGAAUUUUCAGGUAAGGAAGAAUGUAGAAAGAAUGAGAGGCUCAAGAUGGAAUUUGCUCUACAUGAAAAGCAAGGGGGCCAAACUUCCUCUUCGUGUUGAAAUUUUGUAAUUUGCAAUUCCAGAAGCAAGGUAGUUGGCAGACCAGAAGACAAGCGACAUCCUUAUGUUAAGUGUCUUGUGUGCCUGAUUUUGAUAGAACAUGAAUGGCUGUUGGAAAUGCGACUGCAAGAUCAUAUGUUUGUAGUCAUAAGUUUGACAGAAGAUCAAAGAGCUAUGUGAGUCUGAUUCUUUAUUUGUCCCAUCAUUUAAAUUUUUGAAAGCCGAAUAGGUUGAAACGCUGAGUCAGUCUACUGGAGAUGAAAGGAUAUAAUUUGGUGAAGAUGCAUUGAUGAGACGCAAGCUUGAUAGUGGCUUCAUCUUUGGCUUACUUGGAAUGAUCGGAAUAUUCAACCCAAUCUAGCUGGUUUUUUUUUUUUUUUUUUUUUUUUUUUUUUUUUUUUUUUUUUUUUUUUUUUUAGAGAUAAUGAUAUACGAAAAGUCGAAAUGAUUAGGUUCGUCUUCUCUCAAGACUACAACCUAACCUAAUUUAGUUGAUUUGUUUGUGUACAGUACAAAGCCUCUUUUUAUAUAUUAUCUCAUCUUUUGUUUCUAACUUG